GCUUUCAAUAGAAUUGGGGAUUCAAAUAAUCAACUUUAAAAAUAAGUUUCAUGGAUCAGCACAACACAUUCUUGGCUUGUCAGAUUUGAUACCAAUUAAAAUCAUCCUGAAGUUGACCCUUAGAAAUGAGUACAGCAAGGUAGAAAGCACUGAAUUAGGAAUUCCAGGAGCUGAGUUGUAGACCCCCUUCUUCAUUUGUUUCCCUGCCUUGGGAUCUAGAAAGAAUAUACGUUUUAAAGUUAGAACAAAUUGGUUUUGAACCAUUGCUCCACUUCACCGGCUUCGUGACUUGGGGAGGGUGAAGGGGAACCAGAGCGCACAAGGGAACUGACUGGGAGGCAGAGAAGAUGGGCAUCCUCAGCGUAGACUUGCUGAUCACACUGCAAAUUCUGCCAGUUUUUUUCUCCAACUGCCUCUUCCUGGCACUCUAUGACUCGGUCAUUCUCCUCAAGCACGUGGUGCUGCUGCUGAGCCGCUCCAAGUCCACUCGCGGGGAGUGGAGGCGCAUGCUGACCUCAGAGGGAAUGCGCUGCAUCUGGAAGAGCUUCCUCCUCGAUGCCUACAAGCAGGUGAAAUUGGGUGAAGAUGCCCCCAAUUCCAGUGUGGUACACGUCGCCAAUGCUGAAGGAAGUGACAACAGUAGAAAUGGUGCCCAGGUGAAGAUGGUUGAUGGAGCCGAGUGCCACCUUCUUGACUUUGCCAGCCCUGAGCGCCCACUGGUGGUCAACUUUGGCUCAGCCACUUGACCUCCUUUUACUAGCCAGCUGCCAGCCUUCAGCAAACUGGUGGAAGAGUUCUCAUCAGUGGCUGACUUCCUGUUGGUCUACAUUGAUGAGGCUCAUCCUUCAGAUGGUUGGGCAGUGCCUGGUGAAUCUUCUUUGUCUUUUGAAGUGAAGAAGCACCGGAACCAGGAAGACCGAUGUGCAGCAGCCCACCAGCUUCUGGAGCAUUUCUCCUUGCCGCCCCAGUGCCGAGUUGUGGCUGACCGCAUGGACAAUAAUGCCAAUGUAGCUUACGGGGUAGCCUUUGAACGUGUGUGUAUUGUGCAGAGACAGAAAAUUGCUUAUCUGGGAGGAAAGGGCCCUUUCUGCUACAACCUUCAAGAAGUCCGGCGUUGGCUGGAGAAGAAUUUCAGCAAAAUGAAAUCUAGAUUAGCUGGUUAAAGGUAUGAUUGUAAAGGAGUUUUGUUUUUGUUUUUGUUUUUUAAAUUAUGUAAAGGAAAGGAAACUAAGAACUGAAUCCACUAUUUCCACCAAGCCCCAUUGUCUUGCUGAAAGUUAGGAAUUUACAUGUCAGAAGAACAUAGACAUCUAACAUCUCCAUAUUCCUUUUACCACUGGAAUGGCAUUUGGCUAAGUAGUAGCUAGCCCCAGCACAUCUCCUCCUAAUGAAAAGCCUGAAUGAAAAGAUCCCAAGAUGGAGAGGAAGAAACGCUGUUUCAACAUGUGUUCAUUCUGCCUUGGGAAAGAAGUAAUACAGCUGAUGCAUGCUUUGGGACUUGAAGAAAAGACUUACCUGAAUAACUACUAUGUUAGGGAACUGUUGUCCUUAUUAGUAUAAGGAGUAUUGCCUAUGCUUUAUUCAGCACGGAUAGAGCCCAUCUGGAAAGUUCCCAAAUAUUUACGUAUAAAGAGUCCUUGAGCCCAGUUCUUGUGGUUAAGGCUUUUAUGUUUAACAAUGUUCGAGUAGUUUCUGCUGUUCUAGUUUCUAGCCAUGUGGUGCUCUAUGCCAGUCUAAACAUCCCAGAACUCACAGGUGUAUUUGCAGAUAUCAAGGAUGAUCCCUACCUGGAGGUUUAGGAUGAUUAUCUGAAAUCUGAGGGUUCCUUUCUAGGUGAGUGGGGAAAGCCCUAGAAGGAAAUCCAACUGACAAGCUAGGGACAGGAAGCAGAAAGAUGAGGAGGCUUCACAGAGUUUC